UAGCCCUUUUACCGGUUUCCUUGAGCGAACACUUCCUGAAAAGGCAAUAUACUUUGAAUUUUAAACAAGGCUAAGAAGGCUAUCAACUAAGAAUGAAUGUGGAGCAUGAAGUAACCCUGCUGAUAGGGGAGAUAAAGAGGCUGGGUACACAAGAUGCAGAGGGUAAAUACAGCGUGACCUUUGGUGUUCUAUUCAAUGACGACCAAUGUGCUAACAUCUUUGAAGCUCUAGUUGGAACCCUGAGAGCCGCUAAGCGGAAGAAAGUGGUGACAUACGAAGGGGAGCUAUUGCUUCAAGGUGUACACGACAAGGUAGCUAUCAAGCUGCUGAAGGAUAGUCUUUGAUGAAUGUGCAAUUUUGUCAGUAACUUUUCUUAGUUUUUUAGGUUUGUUUUUCUUUGCAUUUUUGUUGAUGAAUAAUGAUGUUUAUACAAAAGUACUAAUUGUUGAAAGUUAAGGCAAUAUGAUGCCAUGCUCGUAGUGCAUUUUUUAAAGUGAUUCUUUAUAGAGUUCUGUAUUAUUAAAGAUAUUAUUGCAGUGUAUUUCUAUAAUUAUCUGAUAAUAAAAAUCUAAAUCCUUUUCCUGACAUAAGGUACAUAUCAAGUAUUGUAAUUUUUUGUAUUAAAUGCGGUUUCAUCUUAUUAGCACUAUGCAAUAAUGUAACUAAGCCUUUUUUGAAUACUUAUUAAUUGUACUUGUCUGUAUUGAUUAUGCAAUUGUUUUACCUUAAUCUUUGAAGUGCAAUAUAUAUCAAUAUUUUUUGUUAAUGCAUUUCUUUCUGAAUUUCUUUUCAUAUAAUGAUGUUUUUGUCUUUUAAGCAUUAUGGGGCAUAAACUUAUCAUCAAAAUACUGAGUUUUGUUUAUGUGAUUAAAUUAAAAGUUAUGUUUACUUGACCUUGUUAUUGUCAACAUAUGUGCUAAGUAUGAAUUACAUGAUUGUAAGCCUUCUAGCUGUUCCUUUUAAAUGUUGCCAUACACGCUGUUUUCGUUGUUUGCCAUUUGUUGAACACACAAGAAAUUAUAAAGAAUGUGUUGGAGAAGAGGAGAACACUUCAAUAAUCCGCUGUAAUCUAUUUACAUUAAGUAAACAUUUACAAUUCUCACUAUUUUUUGUUUUUAAAACAUUGAUAGUUGUUAAUGAGCCAUGACUUAUCGAUAAGGCUUUAUUGAAAUGGUCACCAGUUUGUUUGAAGUAAUCAUAGUAACAAUAUGUGCAUUAUUUUGUGUUUUCAUGUCAUGUCAUGAUUUUGUGUACAUACCUUGAAACUUCUCACAAUACAUAGACUUAUAAUCUAUUAUUAUCCUUUUUCUCUACAGUUUCAUCCAUUCCUAUUGAUUCAGCCACUCCCAUUUUUUUAAUUUAAGCAAUAUUUUUUAUAAAUCUUCAGUUAAAUAUGUUGUGUAUUUAAAAAAAUAAGAUAACCUAGAUAGGGUAGCAGGCUGUAUAUGACAUAAAACACAUGUUGUGCAUGCCGGUGUUCAUAUGGUCUUACUUUUAUCUUGUUGAAAAGACAAUAACAUUUCAAUAAAAUGUCUUGUACGUGGUGAAAUUAUGUUCAUUUAAAAAGAAGUCGAUUUAUCUCUUAAUCGGCUGAAUAAACAGGAAGAGAAGACUUAUAAUGUUAAAGUGUUGCACUAUUUGUUAUCAUUUGUAAGGUUAGACAAUCAAAGAAAGGGGAAAACCUAACAUAAUACACCGAAUUAAAAUAAAAAGUAUACUCAGACCAGUGUGCAAUAUUAUACAGAAAAUGCAUUAAAUAAAAUAAACAUUUUAAAUCUGUUUUACUUUACAAGUCAGGAAUUAGUUUACUCUAACAUAAUUCAACUUUUGUGAAUAUUGGCGGAAAUAUAGUUCACAUGUCAACGUUUAAGAAGACCCCAACUUUUUUAUCAAAUAUAUACUGAUUUUCAUAAGCCAUGUAACUGCUUUCAUGCUAUAGAAUGAUGCUUAUUUUUGUAGACUAUUUACAAUAAAUAUUUAAUUUUUAA